AUGUAUCAAUAUUUAUCCAAUCCAUGCACACAACCUCUCUCUUUCUCAAUCACAAUUCAUAAGUUAGAUUUAUUUGAUGCUAGAAAUGUCGAAGUCGAACGAAAUAGUCUUCUUUGAUUUGGAAACAAACGUGCCAAGAAACCCUGGGCAAAAAUUCUGGGUGUUAGAAUUUGGAGCAAUGGUGGUAUGCCCAAGAAAGCUGGUGGAGAUAGAGAAUUACUCCACGUUGAUUAGACCCGGCGAUUUGUCGGUGGUAGGGGUGAAUCCAGCGAGGUGCCAUGGGAUCUCUCGAGGAACAGUUUUGAAUGCUCCAACUUUCGAACAAGUUGCUGAUAAGAUAUUCGAGAUUUUGAAUGGUAGAAUAUGGGCUGGACACAACAUUCAACGAUUUGAUUGUGUCAGGAUAAAAGCAGCGUUUGAAGAGAUUGGAAGACCUGCUCCGGAGCCUGUGGCGUUGAUUGAUUCUUUAUGGGUUUUGUCGGAGAAAUUUGGUAAACGAGCUGGCAAUAUGAAGAUGGCUUCAUUGGCUUCUUAUUUUGGUCUCGGUGAACAAAAACACAGGAGUCUUGAUGACGCUCGAAUGAAUCUUGAAGUGCUCAAACAUUGCGCUACGGUGUUGUUCCUGGAAUCAUCACUCCCUGGUAUUCUAGAGAAUCAAUGGCAGCACAAUUCGUCUCCCAACAUGACAACGAGAAGCCGAAGCGAUUUAAUGGAACCUAGCGUGUCGACCUCUAUAAACAAACCAUGGUAUAAAAAAGAAUCGAUAUCGAGCACAAUGAACAAAGGAUGGAAUCAAACGGAAUCUAGCAUAUCGAGAACAAUGAACAAACGAUGGAAUCAAGAAGCAACACCGACGAUGAUGACGACAAGAAGUAGGAGCAAAAUUUAUGGUGAAGAAACUAGCCGGAAAUCUCCUUCUUCCGUUCUCAAUCGGCGGCGCGUGGUUCCCUAUCCUACCGGAAGUCUUGGACAGAUGACUGAAAAGGUGAAAAACAUACUGUGUAAUGUGCGAAACACGCCGUUGAAUAAUCUUCUGAAGCAUUCCCAUACGCUGUUCAGAUGAACGGAAAUGGAAUCUGGGGAUUUUGUUAGAAAUUUAGCCAUUUAAUCGAAGCUUACUGAUGUAUGGAAAUGGAGAAAGCUGAGAAGAAUGGCAAACUAACCUUGUUUCUUUGAUUCGUUGAAAUUCUUUGAUUUUUUUAUUGUAAAUAUUUAAAUUAUUUAAUUUAUAUAACCCAUGUAAUAACAUGUAUCCAUUUGAAUAAUUUAAGAUUCU